AUGGUUCAGUUGUGUUUCGUUCUGGACCUGCGAAGCUUGGCACCUCCAUUGCUAGGAGACUUAAAGCAGUCGCUGCUUCAACUCGCUAAUUUCUAUGCCAUUUCGAGUUCGUCCUCGGGCAAAUCGGCCACUAUCAGUGACAGGAUUGGUUUGUGUUACGUUUUCAAGAAUCGCUUAUCUUCUUCCGACGAGUUGGUGAUCGCGUACAAUCCCAUAGGAAACUUCAACCUACGCGAUUUCCACCACGCUGUUAACAACUUGCCAUACGAUGCUUUUCUGCCUGAUAUUGAUAACAUUUCUGUUUUGUCUUCAGAUUUAAUGAUUUCAAAUGUAUUGAGUGAGAGAGUAUUGUAUUCGUGGCAAGGCAAAGAUAUAGAGAGAAAAGUAAUUGUCAUAACUUCAACUUUGCCUGAAGAUGUGGACUCUAUAAUGCAAAAGAGUCUCAUGGAUGCUGCAGAUAAAUGUGUUUCGGUUGAUUUUGCUGUAUUUCAGCAGAAGUCAAGCCAUCUGACUGACACUCGUGAAAACAUUAAUAAUUUUCGUCGUUGCAUUUCUCAUCUUGACAAUUGCUCAGUUCAGACCUAUAUCCCAGAUUUGAGAGUAUUCCACAGCCUGGUUAAAAGAUGGCUGCAGGUUUUGAAAGAUGACAUGGAGGAGCCACUGCUAGCUCGUCUCAUUUUCAAGGACGAUCUUUUUGAUUCUGUGAACCAUAUAUUCUGCAACCUGGUUGCACCAGCCAAUCCAAUAACCAACAACUUCAGUGAAUGUCAGGAAAAGGAAGAAGCAUUGAUUGUUGGAAUUGUACAUAUACAGACAUGCAGAUGUCAUGGCAUACCUUUACGGGAUGCUGAAAAAAAUUUCAGCAGACAUUCUUGUCCAGUCACUGGCUGCAAUCUGGAAACGUGUGAUGUUAUUGAAAAUUCUGUUCAAGUUGGGGAAAAAACUAUUCUGUUUCUUCCCUCAUUCUAUAGUUCCCUGAAGCUCCUGCAAAUUACUUCACCAAUCAAUAUUACUGUUAAUGAGAGAAUAAAUUUGACAUCUCUUGACGAAGGUCUUGUAAUGGGGGCUUCCUUUGUUGUGAUACCGUCCUCUUGUCAUGUGAUUGAAACCACUUCGGAUGAUGCUGAUCAGUCAGACGUGAAUGCUCAAAUUUUUAGAGGCCUUUCAAGCAUUCUACAUUCGAUGGACCAAGGCUUGAUAUGCUGUACAAGUUGUGAUUUAGAAACAAUGGCAGAGGCUCAUUAUCGUUGCUAUUAUAUUCUGCAGCCAUCAGAUACUGGACCAAUGCUUAUGAGGCGCCUUGCAGGGGCUGAAGAAGUUCUACGAGUCCCUGACAGUCGAUUAGUUGAUUCAUCGAUCAAUAAGGAAAUUGAGAACUCUGUUCAAGCCUGUUUGCUAAAGAUCGAGCUUACAGACUAUGACCCAUUGCUGCAUGCAAGAGGCUUUCAUGAAAAACUAAAUUUGCUUGUCAAGGAAAGCCUACAAUUAGGGUCAGUACUUUCUAAAUUAGAAGGUGCAUUUUUGGAACUAAGCUCAAGUCAACAACCUUCGUCGGAGGUGAUCCGGAAAGCAGAACCAGACACCGGUGUCAUUAUUGAGAAUGAGAAAACUUUGCCAUUGGAUAUGGCGGAACAAGGCGACAAAACCUUGGCCUGCAUUACUGAAGAAUGGAACCAAUUAUUUGUAAACGAAGAACCCAAGUUGUACUCUCCAUCUUGUAUGUCAGAGGCCAAGUUGGGUCAAUCGAGUGCAUCACCCCGAGACGGUAAUAGGUCGCUAGACAGAGAAACUUCAAGGAUUUUGGAGAGAUUGGAGGUUCCGAGGCCAUUAAGAGCAAAAACCGCCUCUCCUGGUUCAAAUGAAAGUUGCUUUAAAAAUACCAAUGUGCCCACGAAGAAGCCUCUUAUACCAUUCCAGCCAACUCAAGAUACAGAACAAGUCUUUGUCGGCAGCCAGCUAAUGAAACCUAAUUUCCAGAGGCAGAAAAGGAAACAUAGAUGA